GGCGUCACAGGUGAGGCAUCACACUGGUGGUGAGGCAUCACAGGUGAAGCAUCACACUGGUGGUGAGGCGUCACAGGUGAGGCAUCACAGGUGAGGCAUCACACUGGUGGUGAGGCAUCACAGGUGAGGCAUCACACUGGUGGUGAGGCGUCACAGGUGAGGCAUCACAGGUGAGGCAUCACACUGGUGGUGAGGCAUCACACUGGUGGUGAGGCAUCACACUGGUGGUGAGGCAUCACACUGGUGGUGAGGCAUCACACUGGUGGUGAGGCAUCACACUGGUGGUGAGGCGUCACGGGUGAGGCAUCACACUGGUGGUGAGGCGUCACAGGUGAGGCAUCACACUGGUGGUGAGGCAUCACACUGGUGGUGAGGCGUCACAGGUGAGGCAUCACACUGGUGGUGAGGCAUCACACUGGUGGUGAGGCAUCACAGGUGAGGCAUCACACUGGUGGUGAGGCGUCACAGGUGAGGCAUCACAGGUGAGGCAUCACACUGGUGGUGAGGCAUCACACUGGUGGUGAGGCAUCACACUGGUGGUGAGGCAUCACACUAGUGGUGAGGCAUCACAGGUGAGGCAUCACACUAGCGCCAAGACACACAGGUGAGGAGAUAAGACGAUGGAUGCUGCGUCAGAUCAGCUCCCAGAGGGCCCACUACCCACCACCUCACUACGGUAACCACUGAAGUUCCACUGCCUCAAGACCUGCCAGAGAAGUGUGCUGCCAGAGUCGAACAGCCCCCCCCCCCCCUCCCCCCUCGCGUCGAUCAGUCCGAACAGCUAAUUUUAAAGUCGACCUUACUGACCGAGAGACUCAAAUGUGACCGGGAUAGACUGUAGACCAUUCAGCUAUCAAACCAGGACGGCGGACAUCAUUUGCCGCCACAGACCAACUUAGAAGUGAGAAAGUUGAGUACUGUGUGAGCUCCAAACACGGAUGGUUGACUCCGUGUUCACCAGGAAGUUAAGGAACACUGUUCACCAGGAAGUUAAGGAACACGGAUAAAUAACAUCGUGUUCACAGCCAACAGCGAAUAAUGCUUAUGGAACCCUCUUGGCGGAGAUUCUGUACCGCGACGCUGAACAUCUGGCCGGAACGCCCACACACCAACUGAACGCCCACACACCGGCUGAACGCCUACACACCCACACACCUGCUGGACACCCACACACCUGCUGGACACACCUGGCGUGCACGUCCGUCCUCUCCACCUGAGACGCGAGUCAGGCAACUUGGGACAACUUGCAUCUGACGAUGAGCUCCGUGGAGCAGAUAUAUCUAGUGACUUGAAAUACAAGAUGACAUUAACUUAAGGAUAAAAACAUUAAGUGUGCUGCCUGAAGGUGGGAAGACGCCCCAGGGGAAGACGCCCCAGGGGGAGACGCCCCAAGGGGAAGCGCCCCAAGGGGAGGUGCCCCUAGGGGUGGAGACUUACCUACAGCCAGUACCAACUGGAGCAAGAGGGACGCCUCCCUUACCUAGAAGCCACACAGUGCUUCGGAGGAUGAGUCGGAGCUGUUGGACGUGCGUGGCCGGCCUGCUGUCCUGCCUGGUUCUUCAGGCGGCAGUGGGCGUGGCCUACCAGGGUUCUCCCUCCUACUAUUGGUCAAGAACGAAGAGUGGCUCCACUCAUUUCUCCCAACGACCGCACAUUGGUCCUCUACCGCACGUCAACGAGGUCAUGACGGAGUGGGCCCGCUGGAGCUCCUGGGCCAGGUGUUCCAGGUCGUGUGGAGGCGGCGUCAGGUCAAGGAGUCGGACUUGUGUUACCAGGUUCCCGAGAGUGAUGCCUGGGUCGGGGAUCCGGACGAGCCACGACCAGUGCAGUGGGCAGAGUCUGGAGUACGGGGUGUGUGGGGCGGCCCCCUGCCCGCCCGGCCAGGUCUCCGCCCUCUCCUUCAGGGCGGCACAGUGCCGGCACUACAACAACAGGCGCGUCUUCGGCAGACUCGUCAACAACUGGGUGCCCUAUGCGCAAGGAGGCAUCAACCCCUGUGCCUUGGUGUGUGAGGGCGAAGGGGAGGGCAUCGUCUACACCUUCGGCAAGGUCACGGACGGCACUCACUGCAGGACGGACCUCUCUCAGGACGGCCUGUGUGUCAACGGCCGCUGUCUGCGGCUGUCGUGCGACGGUCGUCUUGGCGGCGGCGCCAGAGAGGACAUGUGUCGCGUGUGUGGAGGACACAACGACACCUGCACCCACCAUGUGGGCGUCUUCCACACCGACCUGCCCGCCGCCGACCAGCCGUCCGCCCUCGCCCACGCCCGCGCCGCACGCCCAAGGAGCUUCGGGUACUACGAGGUCGCCCACAUCCCCAGAGGCGCCACCAACGUCAGGGUUAGAGACGCCUCCCCAAAUUUCCUAGCUCUGAAGGCGGGUACCAAGUACAUGCUGAACGGUGAUUGGUUGAUCGACUGGCCUGGUGAGGUGGAGGCGGGAGGCACGUCCUUCAUCUACAGCAGAGCCGAGGACGACUCCGAGAACCUGAGCACUCUGGGACCCACCUCCGAGGACCUCACCUUAAUGGUGCUGCUGCGGGAACACAACCCAGGCAUCCACUACGAGUACUGGACCUCGAACUCCCAGGUGUCAACAGCGGCUGCUCCCACCCCCGUCUCCACCACCACCACCACCUCGGACACUACCCUCACAACCUCCAACACCUCUUCCACCACCACCACCACGACCACCACUACCACAACGACACCACGACCAGCUGUACUGGCCAGAAUCAACGUGGACCAUCGGCUACCUGCAGGCCAGCGGCCGCCUCAGGGACCCCCAGUGCCCCGCCGCUCAGACAAUGAGGUGCACGACACGUCGCAGCGGCGCCACAAACCAAUCAAGCCAAGCAAGAGUAAGGCCCAGAAAGUUAGAAAGAGCAAAAAGGGGAAAAAACAAAAGAGUCACCGGGGCAAAAAAGGGAAGGAAAGAAAAGAGAAGUCAGGCAAGGGAGAAAGGAAGAAGGGAAAGGGAGGCAGUACGAAGCCAGUCAUGCCUGACACCUGUCAACCAUGUGAGAAGCCAAGACAUCAAACUAAACAGAUGUUCUGCACAAGUAACUUUGUGUCGCGGGUGGAGGUGUUGAACAGCGAGGCGGUGGGCGGGGAGCGACGGUACGAGGUCCUGGUCCACCAGUCCUACAAGAACACGGUCCCCCUGCUCCACAAGGAGUUCCUCUGGGUCACCAACCCUUGUCACUGCCCUCUUCUGCGGCAUGGCCGCUCGUACCUGGUUAUGGGGGUGACGGAGGUCACCCGAGGCCGCGAGGUGCGCCUGGUACUCAGCAGGGGCAGCUACGUACGACGCUACAAGCCACAAAACCUGGCCAGGAUACUGCGCAUUAGGCACAACGAGAUGCGUUUUUGUAGACCCUGGCGGAGAGAUCCAAGAUUCGUCCAGGUUGAGGCCUCCAACGACACUCUUCCAGCUACCACUUAGCCCUCUCCCAGAUAACUGGGUGCCAGCCAUUUAGGUAUCAUUACCUACCACAUGGAGGCCACCUGGUUGCCCACAGUCAACCACUUGAUUACCACCUAUCCCCUUAUCAGCCUUCAGUGUCAGUAAGCCCUUAAUGGCAGAUCCUGAGGGCAACUAGCGCCAGAGGGCGAGACCCAGUGUGCCAGAUGUAACUGCUGCUAUAACCCAUGGCAACCCCCCAAGAUGGCAGGCCGCCCUGCCAUCACUACUGCCAAGUGACAGUGCUAGACCAAAGAGAAUGUUAACUAUGUUGAUAACUUGAGAUAUGAAAGAGCUUGUUAAUGACUAGUAAUUUAUGAGGACUAUAUACAUAGUGACGCCUUUGAAUAUAGUAUUUACGUGGUGAUACACGGAAUACGGUGAUGUAAAGGGCAUAGCAACUCAGAAAUGUAAUGUCGCCUUAAUGUAGUGGCAAUUAAAGGAAUUUAGUAUUGCCUUGAAGAAAUGUAGAAAUGCGUUAAAUAUAGUGAUUACUAGAGUGUUGUAAUGCCUUGAGAAAUAAAAUUAUGCCUGAGAAAAACAGUGACUUAAUAUCAUAGUGCUGCUGCUCUUGGGCUAUGACCACUGUGAGGGAAAAUGUAGUUAUAUGGUGAUAAGCGGGAUGUAUCAUGAUCUCGUAGAAUACAGCGUCACUUUCGCCAAUAUAGUGAUGACUGGCUGACACAUGGUAUCAUGCUCUCAUGACUACAGUGUGAGGAGCAGGCUAAAAUACCAGGAUUUGGAAAACACAUCUUCCAGUGUCUCCUACUGUGAUUUUUAAGCAUCAUUCUAACAUUUCAAACUUAAUGUGAAUGUAAUAUUAUUGUUAAAAUAUUAGAUGUUAAUUGAGAAAAACCUGAAAACACAACGAAAGUAUUUUAAUAAGGUUAUUACCGAAAUUAUUUAAUAAUAUAUAUAUAUAUUA